AUGGGUCAAAACGAUUUAUUAAUUAUAACUUACGACUUAAACCUUUACAUUAAGUUGGGGAGCACCGAGCAGGUAGUGACAGGUGGGACUCGAAACGAGCCCCUCGACGGUGAAGGGGGCUCCGGCGUGAGAGAAGGAGACCUUCAGCUAAUAUUAUACGAAUCAUCGAAUAAUGGAGUUAGGAAACAUUGCAAUGUGGGUUUAAUGAACACUAAACAAAGAAAUAGUUCGAGGCUGACUCAGUUUCAUCGGAAAACAAAGAAGCCAGCUUACCGCGAACGCAACGUUGAUGAAUACGAAAAUUUUGUCUGCGGUACAGAGACCGCGGGCGCAGGCCAUGGCGCUCCUCCGGUCACCGGGGCGCGGACUCGGACAAGGGAUCGCGGGGAACACACGACAUCGGAAGCACUGGACAACACAGACACACGUCCGACACCGGCCGGGCCUGGUAAGGCACUGACUGACUGUGAGGAGUCGGGGCGCACGCGGACAGGCCGGGGGAGGGGGCGGGGUUGGGGGGCAGGGGUCAGCGGGGAGCGAGGACGAGUCGGGGCUCUUCAUGGCGGGUCGAGCGGUAAUGUUCCUUUUUCCCGCUCGCGCUGCACCCCGCUGUUAAUGAGUAACUGUUGCUGCGUGUCGCCGCUGAAUGUUCCCGAGGGCCAGCCGCGGCUCGACCUGCUCUUUGAGCUCUAA